AGGUUCCCAGCUUUAGAAUUUAGGGGAAGGGAUACUUUUACAGAUUACGAAACACGGAACGCGAGCAGUCGAGAGCAAGAGAGAGAGAGAGAAAGAAAGAGAAAGAGAGGGAGAAAGAGACAGAGAAUUAGAGUUCUUCCUAUCUACAUGCCACCUUCGUUACCACCACAAGCACCCGCAUCAACAUGUCGAUGCCAGCACCCCCGAUAGUAAAGACGCUCGCAACAAUACUCGUGGGCUCCUUUGCCGUGUCGGUCGUCUGCGCAUUCGUGGUCUUUGCCGUUCUUCGCGUCGUUGCGGGAAUCUCGAUUCAGCGGCCCGGAUACCUCUCGAUCAAACGCAUCUCCUUCGAGCCGGCGGACGGCGUGAAGCUGGAAGUAAGGAAGCUGGGGAUACUGCUACAUUGGCCGACGUUCGCGAAGCCUACCUGGGUGUCGAUCGUUGUUCAGGAGCCACGCGUGACUCUGGACCUGCGGCAGAGAGGAGAUGGAUUGCCGGAGGAGAAUGCGGCCAGCGUCGGCGUCGGCGAGGGAGCGGAUGGUAAGAAUAGGGGGUUACGGAAUAGACGGGGAACUACUCGGAGGAAUGUGAUGGCCGAGGAAGGGGCGGGGGUCGGAGGGGAGAAUGUCACGGUGGAGGAGAGCACACCCGCGAAGCCUAACACCGAGGAGAAGAUUCAAAAGCUGAAGAACGCCCUCAAAAAAGCUCACAAGUGGAUCAAAUGGAUCCGAUUGGUCGAUAUCGUCGUCACCGAUGUCGUCCUCACGAUUGCCGAAGUCGGAAGUAUCCAGGUCGGCUCCAUCACGCUGAUGGUCGACACGAGAAGCGGCACCGCGAACCGGAACCCGAUGUUUGAUCGUACGGAACUGAAGGAGGGACAGCAGCCGAUCGAAUGGAUCAUGGCGACCAAGAGUGUCCUGUUCAUCACCGCUAAGAAAGAUCCAGUCGAAUUGUUGGAUCACUCAAUCCUGAAUAUCUAUGGUGUUGUCGAGGAUGGUGUGGAUGGUCUGCGAGAUGUAGCGGUCGCAUUCAAAUUCGGUCGAGUUACAGUACCCUGCGACGAGCUCUUGGCCUAUGCCGAGAGAUUGAAGGCCCUUCAGAGGGAUGGCAAGAUGAAGAACAAGCCCAAGGUAGCAUCGAUGGACACUCUUAUGGAAGAGGCGGAAAUGCCGGGAAGCCGGACACAGAGGGUGACGGAAGCUGUGAUGGAGAAUAGGGAGAUCCUGAACAGUCUUCUGAAGGGCGUCAAGGAGAUCCAAUUCGCCAUCGGCUAUCUUGUGGUCUCGAAGGAGAUACCCAACAUUCAGCCGAUGGGACGACCAUUGGUGGUAUCCUUGGGCCUGAAGGAGUUCGGAAUGGAUAUACACCAGUUGGAUCAGAAGAGCCCAGCUCAUAGAAUGUACUUUUCACCAAACGACAUCGCGCAUCAGGCCCUUCUCGCUGCCAUCGCAAUCACUGUUAGUCUCAAUGAUGGUGCUCGGCAGGAUAAGAUCCUAUACAUUCCGAUCUUGACGAUGACCUCGAGGACAACACUCUUCUGCAAGACGAUGCAGAUAAUGGAAGCUCUGGAGUCUGAUCGCAAUGCCAACAUCCUCUCGGCCAACGUUGUCGUUACCUCGCCGUCGAUCGAUUUGAAGCCCAGGCAUCUGCCUCUUAUUGUCGCAUUCAUGCAGUCCAGACCGAAGCGCAAGUCCAAGGCGUCAGGAGGUCGCGCGCACAUUAUCUCGAGACUCCUUCCCAAGGCAAGCGUCAAGCUAUCCAUCCAGGAGCCCGUCAUGAGGAUUGUGCUGCCAUCCACCGAUCCCGGAGUCCAAGAUAUGGAUAUGCUUAUAUCGAGCAUGUCGUCCAUCUCCGUCGACAUGGAGGCAUCGCACGACGCGGAAGGCCAGUCACGCUAUUCACUCGACGCAGGCCUCCGCAUCACAUCCCACAGCUUGUACUAUCGGGCAGCCGGCGGAAUGCACCAUGACCUUCUGCAGACCGAGACGUUCGACCUCAAAGCACAGCUUAACGCCUCGCCCGAAGUCCAGGUCAUCUGCACUGCAUAUCUCUCAUCGUUCUCGUUAAGACUUGCUCGUCCGGAGAUCGUUAGCGGUCUCAAACAAAUGAUGUCUCAGUUCCAAGGCGAUUACAUGCCCGACAAACUCCGUCAUCCGAAAUCUUCAGGCACAAAGCAGAAAUUUCUGCGAAGGGUUCCGUUGUGGCUCGAGCAGUUCAAGCUGGAAUGUAAUGACUUCAGCAUCGAAGUGGCAGGUGUCGACGCGGAGAUCUCCGAGUUUACGAGGGGAACGGCAAUACAGAUGGACAGUUUGACUAUCGAAUACAAGUGCAAGAGAGGAGACAACAACUACCGCCCGACUCCUCGGCGUCGAGCUACCUCUAGGACGCUGUCCACCAUGUCAAAAGACGAUCAACAUAAGCCCAAGUCGUCGAAACCGGCGGGUUCUUCCAAGAAUGCCACCGAUGGCCGGAAGCUGAGUUUGCAUCUUCGCGGGUUGGAAGCGUUCAUGGUCGAUGGCCCGGAUUCCUGGGAGCAGGAGCCAUUCAUGCAACUUCCUCAUUUCGAUCUCGCGUUCGCCACCAGCAAUGACGCCGAAGGCCCCGUCCUCCAUAUCAGCUCGUUUUCGAAGUCAUUCUUCCUCAACUACUCGAUGUACCGCCACUACAGUGUCAUCGUUGCCGCCCAGGUUCUGCGUGAAUCCUUCGGAGGCAUGGCAAGAGCAGCCGGUGUUAAUGCCCAGUCAACACAACACGCGGUUGACCACGAGCUCCACACUCAACGAUGCAGCGACAAGGAGUCCGUGGAAGUCCCGGAAUGGGAGGACGAGGAAAUCGAAUUCGUCAGUGUCGAUGUGAAACUGCAAUAUGUGAAGAUCAAAGCCAGCAUGCCCAACGAUCCUCCGAUGAUGUUGGAAAUACAUCAGCUGGACACUGGACGCCACCGGUGGGGAUUCCCGUUCCUCAAGACGAAACAUUGCCGAGUCUAUGCCGAGUCUCCUAAGGUCAAGAGCUGUUGGGCGAGGCUCAUCAGCUUGAGGCACUUCCGGCUUGAUCUCCGUGAAGUCAAGAGACGAUCGGAGGAGAAAGUCACGGACGAGAAGUCAAUCGAUUUGUCGGCCGACGCCAUCCGAAUUGCGAUCCCUCACCAGAUGACAUUGUACAAGGUUACCGAUAAUGUCCUCAACACUGUCAAAGCUUGCCAGCAGAUGCACCAUCGCUUCAAGACUGGCACCAACGAAUACAUCUUGGAGAAGAAGCCCGAGGGCGCGAAGAUUGUGCCCAAAGUAUCUCUCAAGACCAAAGCGUUGCUGCUGGAACUGGAGGAUGAUCCCUUCGAGGCUAAACUGGGCUUGAUUUAUCGAGUUGGUGUAGCGGAGCAGAAGAAGAGACUUGCUAGAGAAUCAGCAUUCGAGGCCAAGGUCAAGAAGAUGGAAGAGCAGGAGAGGAGGAGAUCCGGUGAAGCCAACCGGACAAACGCACCCGCCGCUGCCGAAUCACACCGAUUCCGCACCAGGGCCCGGACUUGGAGGCAGGAGUCCACUCUGGCAAACAGCCUGCGACCAAAAAGCAGACAACAGUCGGCAGCGCCACCGCUCGGCGGCAAGAACAUGCGCUACGAUCCAGAGAGUGCAGCCGGUCCUUCCGGUAAUGCGUCGGUGUCCAUCCAGGAGGCCUGGGAAAGGCUUCAGGAACUCAGCUCCGUGGCCUGGAUCAAACGCAUUAGGUUGGCCAAGGAACAGCAACGGGUUCGCAUGGGCGAGGCACGGGAAAUGUUUUGGGGCCAUGACGAUCUACCCACAGAUUCUGUCGAGACCGAGACGAUUCUUGGGUUGCCGAUGCGGCCAUCUUUGAUGGCUGCGUUCUUCAACGACGUGUCCAUCGGUGUCGACAAGCCAUCAUUCCCUCUCAGCGAGUUACCCAAGUUCUUACACAGAGUUGGAAAGGGGCUACCAGAGGACACUCUGUUUGCUCUACUGGUUCCGCUCAGCAUUAAGUUGUCCUUCAACGAAGGAAGAGUACUGCUCAGGGACUACCCACUGCCGUUCAUCCAUGUACCCCACACCCGUGUGGGACAACUAGGACACGCAUGGAUGCUACAGGCAGACUUCGUACUGGCCGAGGAGUUCCGAGGCCCUGAAUCAAUGCGACAAGCCAAGGUGAACAUCGUUCCUCCGGUGAGAGAUGACGGCAUCCUACACGGCGGCUUUGCUAUCGACGUGCGAAGAACAGUUUCGCCAGUCAAAUCGUACUCUGACAUCAAGGUCUCGAUCAACACAAGUUACGCCACUCGCAUCUGUUGGUGUACGUCAUACCAACCGGCAAUCCAGGAUAUGAUGAUGGUUUUCGAAACGUUUACGAAACCGCAUGUCGACCCAAGUGAGAGAACAGGUUUUUGGGAUAAAAUCCGACUGAUACUCCACUCGCAAAUAUCGCUGGCGUGGGAAGGUGACGGCGAUGUUCACCUAGCCCUGAAGGGCUCUAGGGAUCCCUACAGCUUGGUUGGCGAUGGCGCAGGAUUCGUAAUGUGCUGGAGGGGUGACGUCCGCUGGGACCUCAAUGUGCACGAAGAUCCACGGAAGGUUAUCCAGGUCGACAGUGAGGUGUUUGUACUCGCCAUUCCAGACUUCACCAACCACGUUGCGGAUGAUAUCGACAUCGGCGUCCUGCCUGAGACGAGGAGCAUCGAGAGUACGAGUAGCUAUGACAAUUUCGCGCAAUUCAAGAAAGUCAUCAUGAAGCUUUCGGGUCGUGUCAGAUGGCUUGUUGGAUUGAUGUUCGAGCAAGAGACAUCCUUUGAGGAGGACUGGAAGUUGAGGAGUCGGUCUUUCGAGUUCAAACCCCAUUAUGAGGUCACUUUGAAGGCCCCAGAGUACGCGAAAGCGCCGCCGGGCGAGGUUUACGAUGCGUUCCGCGGAUUCCGAAGUCAUCACUUGCAUCUGUCGCUGGCUAUCGUGUCACCGAUAGAGAAGGACUGGUCUCCUGCCAAUUCCAGCUCGCCUACAAGUUACAAUACCAUUCAUCUCACUCCGAAGUUCUUCACUCAUUUCUUCGCAUGGUGGUCAUUGUUUUCUGGCGUCAUGUCGCUGCCCAUCAGACAAGGACCAUUAUGGCCUGGCCCGGAGAAAUCGACCAAGAAGUUUGGAAGGCAUCUCGCAACGGUCAAAUACAAGCUGUGCCUCUCUCCGCUAUUCAUCAGUCACAUUUACAAAUACCAUGACAAAGAUGAAGCCGGCAACGAUAUCGUCGCUGCCACUGGUCUCAAGGCAAAACUGGAUACGUUCCUCCUGGAUAUCCACAUGCGUCGCGAGGAAUCAGUUGUCAUCCCGGGAAGCACAAGCAUGAAGAUCAACCAAGCAGAGCUCGACUUCCACUCCGCGGACAUCCGAGCAGUGCAUGCCGUCAUGCAGCAUGAGACAUUGGAGGAACUCAUGAGUCACGGUUCCGACGGACCGUUUUACAUGUCCGACACGAUCAGAUACACUGGAGACCUGUCGCAGUUCACAGUCACCGACAGCGACUAUACCUGGAGCGAUAUGGACGACUUCGUGGAAUUGGACUGGGAAACGUCCAAGGGGAAAACGCCCAAAACCAAGAUCAUGCCUCUUGCAUACGCUCCACGCUUCACAUACUUCCGACAGACGGAUCAUUCCGGCGAGAUCUCCCCGUUGAGUCCGUUCGGUAACGAGGCAACGCACGAUUGCAUCAUGUCGUUGAACAACGAUCCACGAGAGAUCCAGUGCGCCCUUGUUCAGGCCCGGUUGGAGCGUGUGAACGAGCAGAUGAGCUGGAACCAGGAGGCCAUCGAGAGCUUGGCCCUGCACACAAAGUUGAAUCCCGAUGACCUCGACCUUAAGGCCGAGUCAGACAGGCUCAUCAAGCAGAGCUCUGUUCUCUUCAACAUGCGAGAAUUCUUGCAGACCAUGCUGCGGAAAAUAUCGAGCAAGCUUGAUGAUGGGGAGAAAGGCAGCGGACGUCAGGAUUAUGAGAACUAUGCCGAUUCCGACUCGGAUUCGGAAAUUCCUGGUAUGGAUGGGACGCAGUUUGCGGAUUAUGCCAGUGACUUCGACAAUCGGUUUAUCGUGCACAACAUGCAAGCGAAAUGGAGUAAUCCUUUGAGGAACAUCAUUCUCAAGUAUAUCCACCAGGUUGGACAGAGGCGUGGUUUCAUCUACUACAUGUCGCGGAGGGCCAUCAAGUUCAUUCUGGACAUCAUCGAAGAGCAAAAGAACUCUAGCCAACCGGCCACCUCCGGACGCACCGAGUUCAAAACGUCAGGUCCAUGCAAUAUGGAUGAACAGAUUGAUAGUGCUACAUUGGAGAGCCGGAUCCAGCAGCUGUUGAAUGACGACAUCAAGAUUGUUAUGGCAGACGAGCAGUCGUUCAAAACAACUGGACUUGACGAAGCCGCAACGGGGCUUGCUCGGGGUGACCUGGGAGGCGACGUGGCAGAGGACUACAUUCCGCAGAACAGCUUCCAUGUCCGACUUAUCGCCCCACAGAUCCAGAUGCAAAGCGACAAGAACAAAGGCGCCGCUGUGCUUGUGGUUGCUCAAGGCAUGCAGCUUAAGAUUGUGUCGAUCAUGGACCGUGGCAGGAUAGGAGAUGAGGUCAGCGGAUUGGUUCAGCGACGAUUCGCUCUCAAUCUGGAUAAUACGCAGUUUUUCGUGUCGCAUCAUCGGGACUUUGCAUCGCAAUCAAUGUCGUUGCAUUCCGAGAAUCGAUACGGUGCCCCCAUCGGCUCGUCAUGGCCUCCCUGGGUACCCCUGGAGAGCAUGUUCGAUUUCCGACAGAUUCCGGUCGGCUUCUCGCGUGUGGUCGAGAGGACGUCUGCCACCUUGCGGUACGAUAAGCACAAUUCGCUGCGUCUGAAGUACAGCGAUCAAGUCAGCGACGUGGAGGCUGGAAAGUCUGGCACCAAGAACGGGCCACUGGAGACCGAGCGCCGUGUCGACCAUGUCUGGGUAGACUUCCCGCGCGUUGAAGCAUCGUGCGAUUCUAACCAGUAUUUCGCUGUGUAUAUCAUCAUCAUGGACUUGCUUCUGUACUCCGAGCCGGCGCAGAAAGUCCGCAGUGAGAAGCUGGAGAAGAUCAUGCUGGCCUCGGACUUCAGCGACUUGACCGGUGCGCCCGAGAUGGUGGAGUGUCUUCAGAACCGGAUUCACCAGCUAGGUGAGAUCAAGUCGCACUUCAUGCUCAACACUCAAAACCUAGAUUCCGAGGGCUGGAGGGGGAAGUUUAGCGUCGAGGAGGAUCUGGCAAGCUGCGAGGAGGAGCUGUUCUUUAUGAUGAAGGCGAUCACAACCGCUCAGCGAAAGUACGAGGAUCGGUCAGCACAAUCCAGUGGAAUGGUCCGCUGGUACAUCACGGCUUCCGAAAUCAUCUGGCAUCUACUCCGCGACAAGUCGGAUCCUCUCAUGGACGUUAUGCUGCAGAAGGCAGCGUUCGAACGCAUCGAUAACGCGGAUGGAUCGAACCUUAACACUUUCGAAGUGGAGAUGCUGAGAGGCUUCAAUCUACUGCCUGAUGCUAUUUAUCCCGAGAUGAUUGCGCCAUUCGUCGAUCCUCGGGCUAUGCCUGAGGUUCGACACACCAAGGUUCUGCGGGUGUACUGGAACAUGCUGGAGGCCAUUGCUGGAAUCCCGGUGAUGGAUCACUUCGAGGUCAACCUGAUUCCGCUCAAGAUCCAGUUGGAGCGGGAGAUCGGAGAGAAGAUUUUCGAGUACAUCUUCCCCGAGGCUGGAAAGGGUGAUGGCGAGACAGCUAGCGGCUUCUCGCCGUUCCUGGUCCACUCGAUGAAGCCGCUCCCAGAUAGAGCCGAGGAGUCGGAAAGCGACACCGAGGUUGUCCACGUCGUCGACACUCAAACUCAACAACCAAAUGAUGAUAGCUCCUCCACUAAGAGCUCCAUAUCCGGCCAUGGGGGUCUCCACCUGCGGCCGACAACGUCGCUGACAAACGACCAGCAGCGACCGUCGACAUCCUACUCGGAAAUGAUUCGGCCAAAGACUUCGAGCGCGGCUUCGUUGUUUGGAUUCGGCGGCGGUAGCAGACCUUUGACUCGCAAGUCGUCCGCUGAUAACCUGUCUAUGAUGUCGAGGAGGUCAGCUGAGGGGCAAGCUCCGAGCUUGUACGUGCCCGAGAAGGGCAAGAAGAUGCAGCUGUUCAGCAGGACUUCCAGCACGAAUGAGACGUUGGAGCAGAGAUCCGAUGAGCUCUCGCAGAUGAUGUCUAGGGCGUCGAACUACAUGACUUUGGCAUAUGUCAAAAUCCCCAGCGUGGUGUUGUGCUUGAGUUACAAGGGACGUGGCGACAAAAACAUCGAAGAUAUCCACGAACUGGUCUUCAAGAUGCCCAUGCUGGAGUACCGCAACCGCACCUGGUCGAACCUCGACCUCGCCAUGCGGUUGAAGAAAGACAUCAUGCGCGCUCUUAUAUCCCACACCGGUGCAAUUAUCCAGAACAAGUUGACACAUCAUCGGCCAGAGAAGCCACAGGGCAACCUGCUCCGGAUGAUGGCCAAUAACGGAGCCCUCGGGACACAGCCCAGUCGCCCAAGUACCGCUUAUGACAACUCCCAGAACAUGAAUGAUGCCUUCAGCCUUACGCGGCCGGCUACAGCCAUCCCUGCGAGAAGCGCGCCGUCGAUCUUUCGAAGCGAUUCCUUGAAUCUGUCUGGCCUGUCCAUGUAUGGGUCGGGCAGCAGCCCAAGUAUUCGUACUGUCACCGACAAUACAAGUCUCUCGGAAGACUCUGAGGGAGGAGGAUUUGCAAAUGCUCUCGGACGCCACCUCACAAAUCUCACCCACCACAGUACUGCCAGUCGACCACCCCAAAACAAGGACGAAGAUUCCGAAGAGAGCAUCAAGAAGAAGAGCAGAUUACUCCUGGGGAAGAAGGUCUUUGGCGGACUAUAGACUCUCCAUCCUAAUUCACAAACCUUAGAUUUCUUUAUUACCUUCUUCCUUUCUUGUAUCAAAAACUAAGGAUUGGGAUCCAUCACGCUUUUGUAUUACCUUUAUCAGUUGUGUUUUGGGGCGUUUGUUUCGGGCAUCCACAGCAUCUUUUUUCAUUUCGUGUUUUUGCAUCACAACGAGGGGGCGUUUCUUACCGCGACUUUUCCUUAAUUCUUUGUGCCUGAGUAUAGAUGAGAUAAGUACCUGGAUGGAUCUGGACUGGACGAGGAGUGGGUGGAGCUUGAUAUAGAGUAAUUUUAUAGUUAUAUAGACGGUGGAUUUUGGAUACUUUUUUGGAGGUGAUUCGAGUGGGCGAGAG